AUGUUCUCCAAGGCUGUCCUUCCAAUCCUCGGUGCCAUUGCCAGCACCGUCGCCGCCAACCCCAUCCAGCGCGCCGUUGCUGAGGCUGCCGCCAACGCUCCCCAGGUCGUCUUCUCGCCCGCGGGACCCAUGAGCGGCGGUAACGGCAAGACUACCACCGAGCACGAGGACCUGACUCUCCUCCAAGAGGACAACUUUUACUGGACUCAUGACGAUGAGGAGCUUCUCGCCAACAUGACCGUCACGGCCAAGCCGGCCUACCGUCUGCUCAACGAACACCACUUUGGGGACCUUGUCCGCUCCGUGGACUGCUCCAACGCCAAGCAGAUCAAGGUGCAGUUCAACAGCGCCUCCACCAUCGCCGACGCCAAAAAGGCGUGGGCGUGGGUCGCCGAGCACGACGCCAACAGUCUGAUCUACGUCGUCGACGCGCCCGGCUGCGGCGGUCAGUACGGCCGCCAGCCGUACCACGUCAGCGACGUGACCUACGACGCCGCCGCCGGCGUCGCCAAGCUGGCCGUGCAGGCCGCGGCGCAGUGGGACGACUUUGUCGCCGACGCCACCGUCAACAUUGGCGGCGACGUCGAGGCGCAGAAGCUCAACCGCCGUCUCAGCUACACCAAAAAGGCCAAGAUCAGCCUCGAGCACGUCUUCAACAAGCACUUUUACGACGCGGACAUUGGCCCCGCCCACCUCUCUGUCGACUGCUCCGACUGCGGCACCCACGGCAGCCUCGAGACCGACAUCACCGUCUCCACCAAGGACGGCUUCUCGGCUUCCGCCGUGACCGCCGACAACGUCAACGUCCGCCUGGCUGUUGCUGUCACGGCCUCUGCGGCCAUUCACACCUCGCACCUGUCCCAGAGCAUCGAAGUCAUCAAGUUCCCGCUUGCCGAGUUCAAGAUUGCCGACAUUGUCAAGAUCACGCCCGAAAUCACGCUCGACAUUGUCAUCUCCGUCUCCGACAUCUCCGGCAGCAUCACCAGCGUCGUCGGCGCCGAGCUUGACUUUGCCAACGGCCAGUCCAUUGCCAUUGGCAAGGGCUCCACCGGCCUCGAUGCCCAGUUCAAGCGCAUCGGACCUACCAUCUCAGGCAAGGUCGACGCGACCGCACGCAUCAACCCUCUCCUCACCUUUGACCUUUCCGGCAAGAUCCUCAGCAAGCACGUCACUGGUGGUCUCGGUCUUGCUGCCCCUUACCUUGCCUUUGCCAUCGGUGCCGAUGUCCAUGAGCCCAGCGCCUGCUCCAACACCAACUCUGUCCACUUCUCCGUCGAUGUGGGUGUUGAGCUUGAUUCGUUCUACGGCUUUGGCAAGCCUGGUGAUGAGCCUCACAAGAAGGCCAUCUACCAGAAGGAUCAUCCUCUCCUGAAGGAGUGUAUUGCUUGGUAA